CACCAUUUCCCGCCCCAGGCGUUCCGGCUCCACGCCUACCCGUGAGUCACGUGAGCCGGCAAGAUGGCGGCGCUCCGGCGUGAGGCAGGCGUUGACCUGAGGGAUACAGGAAACUCAACAUAAUCUCCAAAGUGAGCUCGGGCUUUCAUGAGACAGAGGAUAGAGAUAGUUGUCAACAAGUAGCUACUGUUUCCUUCCAGCUCUGACAAAGCUAGAGCAAGGAGAACUACAAGGGCCUGGCUACCUUCCGGGAAAACUGUAAGGAAAAGAAAAACUCAAUAUCUCAAUAAGUUAUCCUUCUACACCAAGUCCUAAGGACAUCAAGAUGGCAACAAACGCACAUGGUCCGCCCAGUCCUCUAGGAGAUGCAAAACUCAGAAGACCAAUGGUCAUCGAAAUCAUAGAAAAAAAAUUUGAAUAUCUUAAAAAAGAAAAGACUUUAAAUAUAGAUGGAACAGUGUUCUUUGGAACAAUAUCUGGUUUCUCUGGAAUACUGGCAAACUUCCUUUUCAGACACUGCUUCAAGGUUAAACAUGAUGCUUUGAAGACAUAUGCAUCAUUGACUACACUUCCAUUUUUGUCUACUGUAGUUGCUUAUAAGCUCCUUGUAACAGAUGGUUUGUAUUCAGGUAAUAUAAGCCAGGAAAAUUGUGUUCUGAGAAGUUCACUGGUUGGCAUAGUAUGUGGUGUUUUAUAUCCCACUGCUUUGGCUUUUUCUAAAAAUGGACGUCUGGCAGUCAAGUAUCAUACUGUUCCAUUGCCACCAAAAGGAAGAGUUAUACUUUAUUGGCUGCUGCUUUGUCAAACAGAGAUAAAAGCAAUGACGAUUCCUCUAGUCUUUCAGACAGUCUUUGGAAUAUUUAAUGGUCUACGGCAUUAUGCAAUAUUUGAAAGUACACUUGAGAAAACUGUACAUGAAGGUUAACCAAAGAAUGAAUGGAAACUAAAUCAGCGAAUGGAUUUUUUAUGAUAAGGACUCAGGAAUUGCUGAAGAAAUUAGAAGUAACUCUUGAAAGACAAUUGUUUCUAUUCCUUUUGCCUGGUAUAUAGCAGCUACUCAAUAAAUAUUCAGUAAUUCAAUAAAUAAAUGUAAGUUUAAGCCCACUCCAUCCUAUUUCUACUCCAUUCUCCAGAGGUAACCACUAUCAAGUUAGCAUGCCUCUUUCCUUGCAGUAUUCUUUUGUAACUUACAUAUUUUUUUAAAUACAUAGUAUUAUCCAUACAUGUUCUGGAAAUUAACUUUCACUUUGCUAUAUGUCUUGGACAUCUUUCCAACUCAUUACAUAGAGGUAGAACACGUUCUUUUUAGUGAUUGAAUAACAUUCUUGGUGAUUCCAGGAUCCACAUACAUGAUCCUUCCAACACCCUGGUCUCUUUACCCUACCACUUAUUCCCACGAUCAUACUCAACCUGCGCUGUGCAAUAUAAUAGUCGCUAGCCACAUGUGCCUACUGAGCAUUUCAAAUGUGACUAGUCUAAACUGAGAUGUGUUGUAAGAAUAAAAUACACAUCAAGUUUUGAAGAUUUACCAUGAGAAAAAGAACGUAAAAGACCUCAAUAAUUAGUCUAUUGAUUACAUGUUGAAAUGUUACUCUUUUGGAUAUAUUGGGUUAAAUAAAAUACAUUAAAAUUAAUUUUACCUGCUUUUUUUAGUGUGGCCACUAGGGAAUUUAAAAUUACAUAAUAACACAUUAUAUUUUUAUCAGACUCUGUUGCUAGAGACCUUGUCAUUAUCAAUAAAUUCAAAUUCUCCACAUUCUCAAUUAUAAAAUCCCAUUUUCUGAUCACUACCUUCUUCCCUUCUAGUUCAUUCAUUCUCACACAACUCCAGCAUUACUUCAGCCUCACCAGAACCGAUAAUCCAUUGAUCCCACCACCUUUUCACUAUCCCUCACCACCCUCACAUUCUCACUGUCAUUCUCCAGCUUCAGCCACAUCAAUCGUUUUAAAGUUUGCCAAUCUCAAGGCAAAAAGAAAAAAACAAAAGUGAAUCUAGCUAAAGGUGAUUUUUAAAUAAAGAUGUUGGCGUCUUGU